CGGGGCUGCAGCCGAGGCCGAGCCCGCCGCCGCCGCCGCCGCCCGGGCUCCAGGGGGAAGACCCGGAGGUCAGAUGUGUGAGGCGUGUAGAUAACUUGGUCGCGGAGAGUGGCUUGUGAGCAUGGAGGGUGAGAUGGAGCAGCGGAACGGCUGGAGUCCCAGAGCAGUCGCGGCCAAUGGUCUGAUCAACACCAUCGAGGCUCAUGUGGAGGGCUUGGAGGGGCCGCCGUGUGUCUACCCCACGCCACACUACGAGGGGGAGCUGGGGGUGGGGGAGAGUGAGCAGCAGGUACUCAGUGCCCAGAACCUGCAGCAUGCGGUGGAAGCACAGUACCGAGCCGGCAUCUUCACCUACACGGACAGCCUGCUGCCUCCCUGUGACGACAGCAGCUCGGACACGUGUGAGACCACCUUCAUCGACAACAAGUCCCCUCUCAACCAGGGCAUGGACUACGAGGACGGAGACUUCAUUGACCUGUCCACAGAUGAGGGCAAACUGCAGACACUCUCCUACGACGUUGAGGAUGAGGAGGAGUUCCAGGAGCUGGAGAGCGAGUAUUCCAGCGACACAGAGAGUGAAGACAACUUCCUCACGCUCCCACCCAAGGACCACCUGGGCCUCAGCGUCUUCUCCAUGCUCUGCUGCUUCUGGCCGCUGGGUAUCGCUGCCUUCUACCUAUCACACGAGACCAACAAAGGGGUGGCAAAGGGUGACUACCACCUGGCCAGCACCAGCUCACGCCGGGCACUCUUCCUGGCCGUGUUGGCCAUCACCAUCGGUACUGGCAUCUACGUGGGAGUGGCCGUAGCCCUCAUCGCCUACCUGUCCAAGACCAGCCACCAGUAGUGGA